UUGUAAAAUUGCAUUGAUUUAUGAAUGUGGAAUUGGUUUAAAAAUACAAGUAAUGUAGGGUAUGAGAAAAAUCUAAUAAUGAGCUGAGAACUUAGGUUACCGUGAAUCUCGCGAGACUUUUGCACCUAGUUCUAGAAACGAGCACGUGCUGGGCGUGUUGUCAAACGUACAGGUGCGCACUUGACUCUCUCCGCCUGUUCGCGUGACGUCAGAAUUGAGGAAGAAAAUUGCGGAAAUGCUACGUGGAUAAACAAUUAUAGGUAGUCGGCGUUUUAUUACACCUAUUGCUGUUUACGAGGACAUUUCUUUCUCCCUGUCUUCAGAUUCCUCGGUCCUCUUCUUGGAAAUCGAAGCAAAGCAACUGAGGAAAUGUCUUUGGAAGGAAGCAUGUGUCCUCUAACCUGCCUCUGAAAUACAAUGGGAACUCCCCGCCUCCUGCGGGACAGCGGAGAACAAACUGCACGCUGCCAAAAGCGAAGCUACAAAGACGACAACAACAGAAAUUAGGUCAAUAUAGAGGCAACCCCUGCUGAUCCUGCUACAGCUUAAUAGAACAACUAGAUGUAGACAGAACUGUAAUAGUGUCACGGGUGUUAUUGGAUUACAUUGUUAUAGUGUGUAAUGGGGGAAUGUGUGUUGGACCUCCACGGUAAAGAUGGUUUUCAAAGUGGUGAAGGGUUUGACGAAUGGUCCACGUUCAGUUCUGCGGACUGGACACAACCCCAGCAAGAUGACAAAGGGUUUUCAGACUUGGGCGGAUUUCAGGACAAAACCAGGAAAGAGGAAUUAUCAGCCAUACCUGUGACAGAAACAGGAACUUUCGAGUUUCCUGAAAACGCUGAAAAUGGUGACAAGGGAAAUCCCUGGUUCAUUUUUAAGGACUGCUUUCAAGUUGAGAUGGCAGAGAAAAACCUUAUGAUGAUGGAAAUCCCUACAUUGUCCCAGCUACAUCAGAGCACAUUACAGAUGCCCUCUCAGUCUGCAGCAAUAUCAAGCCAAGCUGCAGAUUUCUGGUGUCAUCUACAGUCGGGGUCAAAAACUCUGAGACUGUCAGGUCCCAAACCUAAACUACACUCCCGUGAAGGACUACUCAAAUCCCUGCAGCUCACACACCCGGAUGCAAGCGCUGACACACAGACCACAACUCUGUCUGAUCUUGAACUAGAACAUCCAGAAAACCCUCCUGGAGCUCUUAUUCAAACCAAGCUGAUGCCAUCAUCACACUGUCAAAAUUCUCCAGGAUUCUUCUACCAGAUCUCACGCCAGUGGCUCAGCCAGUAUAGCAUGAACCUGCGGCCUAACCAGCACUAGAAAGAUCCUCUACAAUAAACAUCACAUGCAUACACACACAAAUAUAUCCCAGAAAAGCCAGCAUAUUGUAUUUAUAGAUACACAAAUAGAUCCUGGAAAAGCCAGCUUGACAAAAGCACAGGAAUGUUUUACUAUGCACACAGCUCAGGAAGAAUAUCCUAACUUACUUGACAUACACACUUACUACUAAUGUAAAUAAGAGGCUGUUAACAUAAGCAUUAGAACAGAACUAACAAGUGCCUAAUAAGAACAAAAUCACUGUAAACCUCAAGUAUAGGCUGUUAACAGCCAUAUCAUUAUUUAUAUAUUCAAUUUUCUGUUGCUGCCUAAGCUGAUUGCUUACUGCUCUUAAAUCUGUUAUAUUUAUUGUGAUCUUAAAUAUUUGAAUGUAUUUGGUAUAUUUAUAUUGGAAAUAUUUAAACAGGAAUAAAUGAACACACAGCUCUAAUAGUU